CACUUUUCCCGCUCUCAUUUUAGUCACAUCGUCAGUAUUUAAGCGAAGACCAAGUUCCCAACCUCUUUGAAUCAGGCCUGUCUCACCAGUUGUACCACUUGAAAGACAUUCGAACACAUUCAAGCCAUCUGAGUAUAUAUGUCGUCCAUUUCGGCGUCUCAAUGGGGCUCCCCUACCGCUUCCAAGCGGGCUCUGCUCAUUCAUGGCAUGUCCAUGUCCUCACAAUCAUGGGAGGGUCUUGCUCAGCUAUUAGCAGCAGAAGGGUUCUUUGUUGUCGCGCCAAAUCUCCUUGGGCACGCAUGGAGACGAGACACCGACUAUUCUAUGCUCACCCUUGCUGAGGAUCUUCGGCCGUAUGUCAUGGACACGUCCUACGAUGUGAUCAUAGGUCAUUCGCUUGGAGGCCCGCUGACUUUAUUGCUCUUGCCACUCCUAUCCAACACGAAAGAGACAACUGUAAUACUCCUCGAUCCUGCCCUCGAGCUUACAAAGGAGAUAAUCAACAAGUAUAAAACCCAGUUUCUGAAGGAGCUUGAGAAUAUCAGAACUGCCGACGACCACAUGGCCGAGAACCCUGCUUGGUCUCGAGGUGACAGCAUGUUAAGAGCGUUAGGAGUUUUCAUGUGCGAUCGUACUGUUGUCGAAAGGAUAUUCGAGGGCAGUAGGCCAUGGUCUUACAGUGGCCUGUUGAAAAACAUCCCACCUAACGUGAAGAUCACUGUGCUGGCAUCAGAUCCGGCGCUCGGUGGUUGUUGUCAUUUGGAGCACGUCCCGCGUGACGUGGCGAGAUUGCAUGCCAAAGUUUUAAUCGGCAUUGGUCACUGGAUUCAAUACGAGGCUCUGGAUACUAUCAUGAAUGAAAUUCCGCUAUGAAGAGCGAAACUUUGAGCCGAGCACUUCAGAAGAUAUAUGUUCUGUGGUGUAGUCUCAGUCUAUAUUUAAUUGAUACAGUCGCUAUUGAUAUUCUUCUCAGACUUGGUUGCUUGAGUAACGUAAUUUCGCAGCGAUUCCAAAGUAGGAUGUCAUUCUCUCACCUAGUCGCACCCGCAAGAUAAGUUCUCUCUGCCCCAAAUAGCUAACUAGGACUUAUGG